AUGGGAAGUGGUCCAGGUGUUUAUAACGCCACGUCGAACGAGGAGAAGCUAAAGGUAUAUCGCCCGAUUGCUCGGGACACGAGCAUAUUGUUUAAGUAUAAUGAUCCAGAGCGCGGAGGCGGCCACAAUUAUACCAAUCAGGGAUGGGGGCAUGGAGGUCGGAAUGUCUGGAUGUUACAUUGCCAUAUUCUACAACAUAUGAUAUUGGGCAUGCAAGCUGUCUGGAUUAUGGGAAAUGCGGCAGAGAUUACUCACGGUAUAUCGCCGGAUUUGGUAGCAGGUUAUCUUAGUUAUGGAGGAGAUGCGUAUGGAAAUGCGACGUAUGAUCCGUUUGUGACUCAUUUUUACGAGGAUUGA